CUUGGUUGGCGACGGCGACGUUUCAAUCACAAAAAUAAUGGCCACCACAGAGCGGUCCGCGGAUUCCCACAUCGAAGAUUUCAGUGCUUUGUCCGUCAAUGAGGAACCUGCAGGCCCGGCAUUGGUGGAGAACGGCCGGAAUCAACUGAGCGACGUUUACGAAAAAUGGGGCCUCCGACUGAGCGACCUGUACCGCCUGGCCGUUCAGUUUUACAGAGAGAAAGAAGGGAAAGCUGUGAACUUUUCUUAUCAAGACAAGCUAAAACUUGUUGCCUACACCCAACAAGUAAUCCGUGGAAAAUAUAAUGAUGAGAAACUUCCCCCUUUAGGUGUUUUGGAUGUUCCUGGCAGAGACAGAAGAUUGGCAUGGCAGGCAUUAGGAGAAAUGACUCAAGAAGAGGCUAUGAAAAACUUCACAGACAUGUUAGAUUCCCUCUGUCCUCUUUUCAAGCCAUUUAUUGAAGCUCAUAAAAGAGAUGGGGAGGAGCGAGAAAGACAAGCUCAAGAGAAAGUAGAAAAACAAAAGAAACUGGAGGAGGAGAAGAGAAUACGAGAAGAGGAGGAACGUCAGAGAGAGGAAGAGGCAUCUCAACAGGAAGCUCAAAGGAGGAAAAUUCAAGAAGCCUUAAAUCAGCAAACAUUUGCUCAGUUCAAAUGUUACGCUGAGCAGCAGUUUCCAGGGAACCCAGAACAGCAAGCUGUCCUGAUACGCCAGCUGCAAGAACAACAUUACCACCAAUACAUGCAACAACUCCUGCAUCAGCAAAUGAGUGGAGGGGAUUCAACAAAUGAAAAUGGGGAGGAAUGCUCUGUUCCAAAUCUUGCCAAUGAGAACAUCACCUAUUAUACAAAUGGUACUAAGACCUUGCCUAUGGCCACAAGCACUGGAACAAUUAUAUCCCAUGGGGAUCUGGAGGAUGGUGACCAUGACAGAGAUGAAGAACGUUCCCUUGACUUCCCAGAGAUAUCUCCAGCAUCAAUGUGGACUCACAAAGACCUCAAGGAGUUUAAGGACUCAAUUAGAAAAGAGGCCAGUGAGGCAGUGAUUAAGGUGGGCCAUGGUGAAACAGUCACUCUCAGAGUCCCUACUCAUGAAAAAGGCAACAGUUUAUACUGGGAGUUUGCAACUGACAGCUAUGACAUUGGUUUUGGUGUCUAUUUUGAAUGGACGAAGCCAACAACAAGUGCAGUUACCUUGCAUGUUUCAGAAAGCGAAGAUGAGGAGGAAGAUGAGGAGGAUGAUGAUGAAGAGAUCGUGUACCCUGAAGGCUCCGAUAUUGAAGCGGCCUCAGAGAAGGUUCAUAAGUCAAGUUCUCUAAAUCGACCUCUUGUCUCCGUCAUCGUUCCUGUAUACAGACGGGAUUGCCAAGAGGAGGUGUAUGCUGGAAUUCACCAAUAUCCUGGUGAAGGAGUUUAUUUAUUAAAGUUUGACAACUCAUACAGCUUGUGGCGAUCCAAAACUCUGUACUACAGGGUCUAUUAUCAUCCCUGAAUGCUAUAUCUAAGACUUUUUUUUAAAACCCAGUAUUUUCAUAAGAAGAGGUGGACACCUCUUGACAUCUCAAAAAAUGUUCCUUUAAAGUAUACUGAUACUUUUAAUUAUUCUUCUUAUGAAGCCUUUGAUGCUUCUAGUGUCCCCUUCUCAACUGAAAAUUUGUAUGAAAAUGUUUUGGAAAUCAUGCAAGGCCCAUUGCUCCCAAGUUAUUUUAUUCAAAGAAAUUGUAUUGUGGAGUGCAAAAUGUGGGAGAAUGCAUUAAGAACAAUAUAGACAUGUCAUUUGUUGACUAAGUAAAAGAAAUCUGUGCCUGUUUACGGAUAAACAGUGUUGUGGAAUGAACUGAUUUGCUAAAGUUUUGAGUUGUUACAGGUUUUUUUUUUUUGCUUUUUUUUAAGACUUUGGCGACCAAUUUUAUUAGUUACUUUGUUAAAGUUUGUUUGGUUUUGUGCUGUAUCCCAUCUACUUAGUUUUGUUGAAUACAUAGUUUUCUCUCUUCUUGGUUCUCUUUUUCUUCAAAAUACAAUGAGUGAAAUUUAUGGUCUUUGUUAGCUUCACAUUGCACUUAUACAAUCUAUUCAGUUUCUUGUGUUAUCUGGGAUUGAUUCAUUGUUGUGAGAAAUCUGCAGUAUUUUUUUUUCUUUCGUGCUAACCAAUUGAGAUGCAAAGUGUGAUAUGUUUGUAAUGUUCAUUGAGAUUAAUCUCGAUAGAUUCUUCUUUUUGUUUCUGGGUACAAGUGAAACUCUUGUCAAUGUAUUCUCUGUACAACGCAUAAUUUAUCUUAUUCUACAUAACUAGUUCUAGUAUAAACCUAUGGUGUGCCAAUCCAUAUAUUUGUAUGGUUGAAUACUAGUCCAUAGUGCUGUACACUUGCAAAUUUUAGUUUUCAGGCUUCAAACUGGGGUUGAAAGUGUACUUCUGUUUAUCCAAUAAUGAUGGACUGACGAACAAGAAGCUAUUGAAAGAAGCAAAGAGAAUGCAUACAAAAUAACAAUUACUAUUUAUUUGAAAUGAAACAAAAGUUUAAUGAAUCUGUGUGGGUGAGAGAUGGACUGGAAGUGUUGCUACGUUGAUUUGUUUUCUACCUGUUAUGUAUUUAUCAUAUAUUUUAUUAUAAUAAUAGUUAUUAUGUCUCUUAGUGGACUAUUGCAAUUAUUUGUUUUUGCUGGCAACUUGGGUCAAGUGCUACAAAGUUCUGAUUUUUUUUUUUCUUUUAGGAUGCAGAGAACUACCUUUUUAAAUACAGUUCAAUCAGUUCAAAAUAACAUGUCUGAGAAAUGGUAGUCUUCAAGUUUGUCUGCACCCGUUUGAAUACACUGCAAACCUGUGUGUUGUGAUCAUCUUCUUUCUGUUAAGUGUGCAUUCGGAGCCUGUGUUUAUGUUCAGUAGACAUGUUCUUUACUUGUGCUGUAGCUGUAACUAUGGAAUUUCAACAAUUUAUAAUAAAUUUAGUUACCAGCUA